AUGAGCGCCAUCAGCAAGCUAACCACUGACUCCUCCUCCUCAACUGAUGACGGCGGCAGCCUCGACUUUGUGGCCACCUACCAGGCGAUGGCCGAGCUGCAGGCGAAGCUCCUCGCCCUCGACUACAGCAAGGCCUUCGUCAGCGCCUACAAGUGUCCGCCCAUCAAUCGGUACUACUUCUGCCGGCCAGGUGGGAGCCAGGGGGCAGGAGGGCAGCAGUUCUUCGCCUUCACCUGCCUUGCCUCGUUUCUGCUGAAUCGUCUAAACGAACGGGCCGACUUCAAGGUGGACAGCUUCGACGACCCGAACCUGACGAUUGAUCGCAUUCUGAAUGCGGCCGGCGCUCACGUGGACAUCUCGGCCUUUGCCAACGCCCGAGCGAAGUUUAAGGCCGGCUUUGGCGGCGAGGUGAUCGGCCUGCUAGGCCGCCUCGUCGACAAGGUCUGCCUGAAGGAGCUGCCAACUGCGACUGAACGUGGCUCUUCGAACCUGGUCACCGUCCGCUUCCUCAACGCCGACGGAAGCCCGGUGGACGGAGGCGAUGAAGAAGGGGGAGAAGAUGAGCUCGACAACGACAUCGAGGACGACGAGAUCGAGCUGGAGGAGGAGUUCGCCGACUACAUCAUCGACGAGGAGAUGAUGGGCCCCGAUGGAAUGUUUGUCGCCGGUGAAGACGACGGCUGGGACGACGACCCCUUUGGACAGCAGGCAGAGAACGAGAAGAAGCUGGCGAUGAUCACCGCCAGCACCGACCUCACCGAGUGGAAGCUGGAGCUGGAGCGCAUUCUGCCGCAGCUGAACGCCCGCCUGCUGGGGCAGAGUAUGCUCGGGGGCGGUCGAGCUGGUAUGAACGGCUCCAGCAGCAUUGACACCGAGUGGCGGCUGCACUACGCCGCCGCCACCGCCCAGAACGCCACCAUCAAGGGCGUCUACGGGCAGACGGCGGCGCUGGUGGGCGCCCUCAGCGGGGAGAUACGGGCGGCACUGGAGAAGAUUGACGCCAAGGAGGGUGAGUAG